AUGCACCAAGUUGCACUGCAAGAUGAACAAGCUACACUAAUGAAACCUGUUACAAUACAGUCACUACCUGAGGUACAUGUGGAUAUUGGGUAUGGAUCAUCAGCCGUGACUGGAAACAAGGCAUACUUUAAUUCAUUUGGAUCUACAACUGUUUAUGAAUUCAGCAACAAUCAGUGGCACAAGUUACCACCUUGCCCUAACAAGGACUUCACUAUUGUCUGUGUUGAUGAUAAGAUCACAACUGUGGGGGGACGGUCAGGGACACAACGCGGCUAUAGUAACAAACUCUACAGCUACAUUAACAACAAAUGGGUCGAACACUUCCCUCCUAUACCAACCGGACGGUGGGGACCUGGAGCUGUGUACGCUAACAACACACUUGUAGCGGCUGGGGGAUAUUGUGAUUUAAAAAGUUUAAAUACUGUCGAAAUAUUAAACAAUGCUAAUAUGCGAUGGUCUAUUGUUAGCUCACUACCUGUGCCAACCUAUCAACCAUCAACAACGAUCUGUGGAGACUAUGUGUACAUACACCCACGUUUUAAUGAUGAGCAAGAGCAGUAUUCCGUGUACAAAUGCUCAUUAAGACAACUAACUCAGUCCCAGCCAAGCUCAGCUAUAUGGGAGAAGAUUACCCCUUUGCCAGUUACACAUUCCACUCUUGCUACCAUCAAUGGUCACCUGCUGGCAGUGGGUGGGGUGGACUCUAAUAGAGAUAUAACUAAGGACAUAUAUCAGUACAAUGAGACAUCAUGGACUGUCAUCAGUCAAAUGUCAACACCUCGAUCAGUAUGCCACACUGCUGCCCUCCAUGGGAACAAACUGAUGGUGGUAGGAGGAGAUUGUACAGACAGAAAAUGUACUUUUGUAUAGCUAGUGACUAAUUUUUAUUUUAUUUAGCAUUACAGCGUAGAAAUAAAAUUAAUUUGGCAGAAAUUAAAUACGUUGCUUUGUUAA